AUGCCUAAAGUAAGGGUACCAGUGCAUCAUUCAGUAGUACCACCACCACGACCACUACUACCACCACCACCACCCCCUGCUCCUAGUCGUGGAGGAGGUUUACUUGCUGGUCCACUCUUACUUUUCUGUUGUCCGUUAAUUGUUCUUUUCUUAGCAGCUGCUACUAUUGUUCUUUCAUUAAUACCAGUUUAUGUAGAAAAAAGCGUGCCUGUUGUAGGUCUAUGUUCUCAAACAUAUUAUGCUAUUGGUAAUUAUCCUGGUUCAUUAGGUAACGAUAGAUAUUUAAGUGGUGCAGAACGUCAAAAUCUUGCACAAGCGAUGGAACAACAACUUCAUUUACGAUCUGGUUCAAUAGUUAUUGAACAAGCUGCAAUUGCAACAACAGCACAAAAACGUAAACGACGAGGAUAUGAUCUUACACGAUUUCGUCGUGGUCAAACAGCUCUUGGUAUUCAAAGACUUUAUGUAAUCUUUCGAAUCAAUCAAAGAAGAAGCAUAUCAUGUAAAUUACGUAGUAAUAGCCUUUCUGGAACUACUGCACUUGGAGUUCCUAUGGUUAUAAAUAUUGGUACCACACCUUUUGUAAUUCCACCAUUUGUAACUGCUACUGUCGUAAGUCCAACAGGAGGCGCAGGUGGCACGGGUGGCAAUCCUACAACAAAUGUAAUUGGAUAA